AUGUGCCUGUCGCCGGCGCUGCAGAGCGGCGAGGACAUCGUCAGCCACCAGCUCGAGCUGCAGUCGAUCUUGCACGGUGUGCACCAGCGCUACGCCGGCCGCCAAGGGCGGUACAACAAGCACGACACGGCGCGGCUCCGCUACAUCAAAAACACCGCCUUCCCGGGCCUGCGCUUCGGCAAGAUGGCGCCGACGAGCGAGAACGCGGUCCUGGCUGAGGGAGCGGCAGAGGCGGAGGAUGGCGCGAUGCUUCUGGUUCGGAUGCAGUGCCCCGCGUCCGUGGACGGGCACUACUGGUCCGAGCUGCUGGUCGACGCUGGCGCGCUCUAUGUCAGCCUGAGCGACGGCGGCCGCGGCACGGACGCCGAGCAGCCGAUAUACCACGCCCACCCGCCCGGAGAGUCGAGCGCGCAGCUGCUCGAGCGGCUCCCCGCGGAGACCACGCCGGGGCACCUGACGCCGGUCUGGUCCAACACGCAGCUCGAGGUUGGCUUUGCGCCGGACGUCGACGUCGAGGCGACCCUCCUCCUCGCGGCCGCCGUCGCGGGCGAGACUCCGCCGCGCUUCGAGGUGGAGCUGCUGGGCGCGCGUGACUGGGUGUCGCAGGUGCAGUCGGACUGGGCGCCCGUCGAGCUGGCGGGCUGUCUGCGCAUCCUCUUCCCGUGGCACGCCGACAGCGCCGGCGAGGGCUCGUGCGGCGCGCUGCCACCAGCCCUGCAGCUGCAGCCGGGGAUGGCGUUUGGGACGGGCGAGCACGCGACGACGCAGCUCUGCGUUCGCGGCGUGCACUCGCUGCUGGCGGGGGGGCGGCUGACCGGCUGCGACGCGAUGCUCGACUUCGGCUCUGGCUCCGGCGUCGUUUCGCGCGCCAACGCCGUUGACAACGGGAUGGCGGACCGGUUCGUGGCGGUGCAGCCCGCCGAGGAGGCGCCGGAGGAGUACGAGCUCGUGGUUGCAAACAUCCUCGCGCGCACGCUCGUGCAGCUGCAGCAGCCCACACUGUCCUCGCGCGUCGCGGCGGGAGGCACACUGCUGCUCUCGGGCAUCUGGGGCGAGGCGCAGGCGGCCGAGGUGGAGGCGGCGUUCGCGCCCGACUUCGAGGGCUUUGAGCGGAGCUGGCAGGACGGGUGGGUGGUGAUCAGCGCGAGGCGCAGGAGGUAA